UGGAGCGAUUUCAUUCAGUUGUCCGAGCAGCACAAAUUCAAAUUAGGCUUCCGUUGAAUCCACAAACAUGUGUCAAAAGUCAACAAAUUCUGUUACCGCGUUAAAGUAAAUCCCAAGUCAAUGAUUUGCGAACCAUUCGUGCCCGCUAAAAUGGUCAGUCUGGUGCCGCUACAGUCGUCGUCGGUCGUGUCUAAAAAUACCAAUCUGCAGACUUCUCCGGCUUUCGCCUUGGACGUUCUGCCGGCAGUACCCCCGGUAUCAAUGUUCCUUUCGAUUCGCAACGACCUGAACAGUGGCCUGCGGCAACUGAUGGAGUUUUUGACGGCCUGGGUCCUUGAGUUCCUUCGACCGAAUCGAUACAUUACCUACAAGGAGGUGCCGCCGUCGCUCAUCUGCGCAUCUCAGCUCGAACGUGUGCCGCGAAAGACAUUAAUACUGGAUCUGGACGAGACGCUGCUGCACUCCUGCUACAUUGAUCCGGAGACCAAGGAGUAUGUGGGCGGUAGCCAAGUGCCGGUCAGCGCAGUUCCCGACUACAAUCUCCAGCUGAUGAUCGAUGGCAUUGAGCCGAUUCUGUUCCGGGUUUACAAGCGGCCACAUGUCGACCUGUUUCUCGACCAUGUGUCCAAGUGGUAUGACCUGGCCAUCUAUACGGCCAGUGUGGAGGCGUAUGCCACACGGGUGGUGGACUUACUGGAUGCCGGACGGGGCAUACUGCAUCGGCGCUACUAUCGGCAGCACUGCCGCUCCAAUACCUCCAUCGUGAGCAAGGAUCUCACGCUGGUCAAUCGGGAUAUGAGCAAGACCUUUAUCAUCGACAAUACGCCCAAUGCGUAUCGUGAUUUUCCCCACAACGCCAUUCCGAUCAAGUCGUUCAUCUACGAUCCCAACGACACGGAGCUGCUGAAGCUGCUGCCAUUCCUCGAUGCCCUGCGCUUUACCAAGGAUGUCCGGUCGGUUCUUCGUCGGCGUGUACUGAAUUAAGUUUUCACAAAUAAUUGCACAAUUGAACAUUAAAGUCCGAAAUAAAUGCUGCCAGAUAUUAACCGCUCUGAAGGAUGCUAUGCCCAUAAAAAAUGAAGGGCCACGCAAACACAUGACCUAUCUGUGACCCAUAAAUAUUUUCGAAACUCAAGGACUGGUAAGCUAUCGACCGGAAACACUGUAGAGGAAAACCGCAUUAGAAACCAAAUUUGAAUCAUAAUUGCUUUGUACUUCACUACAAGUAUUUGUGAUUGUUUUAAUUAAAAUGUCUGUCUAUUCUGCUGCUAAUUAAA